CCUGUUUUCAUGUAAAACCUGUAUCAGUACUGUACAGUCAGUGCAGCUAUCAGAUUAAUGAAGUGGGGUGAAAGAAUUACACCCUCAAAUGAAAUAUGAAUCGUACUCAUUUCACACCGGUCCAGCCCGUAACUCCUCACUUUUCCUGUUCGCGUCCGUCUCUUUGCUUUGACGCACUGAUGUAUAAAUAAAGGUUGUUAAUGUCUGUCAGCCUUCCAAGAACACUUGUGUUGCUUGUUUAUACAUUUCCGUGCUCACACAUACAGUGCCUCUCCAAAGGAACUUCCUGUUUAUGGCCAGCUGUGCACUGCAUCCUGACUGAGAGCCCGACCAGAUCCUGGCCUCUGAGCUCUGACCCCUAACCCUGAAGGGGUAGGGGGGUCGACAGGGAUAAAAUGCGGUGCACCACCCUCCUGGCCCUGCUGACAGGGGUCAUGCUGUACUUGGUGAUGGGGGCGCUUGUUUUCCGCACCCUGGAGGCCCCCAGUGAGAAUUUGGCAUACAAAGACCUGCUCGCUACCAAGCGCACCUUCCUCGAUAAUAAGACCUGUGUCACCGAGCUGGACUUCCACAAGCUUGUGAAGGGAGUGGCGUCCGCGGUGGAGGCAGGCCUGGAUGUGAGCAGCCUUCCUGCCAACUUCACUAGCCGCUGGGACUUGGCCUCCGCUUUCUUCUUCUGUGGUACCAUCAUUACCACCAUAGGUUUUGGGAACCUGUCUCCUCGGACAUGGUACGGCCAGUUGUUCUGCGUGUGCUAUGCCCUGGUGGGCAUCCCCAUGUUUGGCAUACUGCUCGCUGGAGUGAGUGACCACAUGGGCACGGUGCUGCGUAGAGCUGUGGCCAAGAUUGAGACCCUCUUCUUGGUGAGAAUGAAACGUAAGGUCAGGCCGACCACGGUGCGCGUGAUCUCAGCGGUUCUCUCCAUCCUCAUUGGUUGUCUGAUCUUCCUCGCCGUGCCAACAGUCGUAUUUCAGAAGGUGGAGAAGUGGUCCUUUCUGGAGUCGCUCUACUUUGUGGUCAUCACUCUCACUACCGUUGGCUUCGGAGACUUUGUACCUGGUGGUGGUCGUGAGGGCAUGUUCUUCAAGCCUCUGGUGUUGUUGUGGAUAGUGUUUGGUCUCGCCUACUUUGCCUCCAUCCUCACCAUGAUAGGCAACUGGCUGAGGGUGCUGUCCAAGAGGACCCGCGCUGAGAUGGAGGAAUUGAGGGCCCACGCGACAGACUGGACCCAGAACAUCCAGAACAUGUCCAUGGACUUCCGCAUCCCAAACCCUCUGGAGUUCAACGACCCCUUCCUCCUGCAGCGCCGGCGCUGGAAACGCAGCGAGCGUCGCCGCAUACGUCGCGGAGCCCAGGGCACUCUGGGACACUGGGCUCGAGGGGGAUCUGAGAACGGACACCUGCCAAACCGCUGGGCCGCUCUCUCCAGCUCCAUGAGCCAGCUGGAUGCCCAUCCAUCUCUCGAGAGGGCGGUGGUUGCCAAGUCCAGGCCGCGAGUCAGUGCUGCCGGAGGUGAAACGGUCCCGAGAGUGGGGCCUGGAUUGAGGGUUGACCCCGCUGCGGGUCUGCAAGUGGAGGGCAGGUCGUUUCCUCCUCUGCUUGCCCGCUCGUUCUCCCUCCCUGUGGCCCGCUCCACCUUAGAGCUGGACUCAGCAGGUGCAGCCCUGCAGGAAGGAUCCCUCUCUGGAUCCGAGUCUGCUUUUGACUCCAGAUCAGACGUCUCCUCGGUCUCCUCGUCCUUCUUGGCCCUCCGCAGGUUCCAGCCUUGUUGUACAGUCAGCAGCAUGGAGGAGGGAGGGACCACAGACAUGAACACAGCGCAAGAGAAAAACGAACUGACUCCAGCAGAGAAAUAUGGAUCUGUAGCAUACAAUAGCUGCAAACACACACCUGCCUCUGGUUUGCUCCCUCUCACUUCCUCUCUUACCCCUUUUAUUCCUCCCUCUCACCACCCGGUCCUCCUUCCCUCGGCUCCACUCAACAUUGCCUCCUCAGCCAGCUGCCAGCUGCUGGACUUCUUCGGAGAGAACCUGGCAUACAUCGACGAGUCCUCGGACGCUCUGAGUGACCAGCCAGCAGCAAGCGAAGAGAGGAAGAGGCGACCACGAAAACCAAAGAGGAGGAGCAUCAAGAGGCAGCCGGCACAGAGGUGGAGCCCCCUGCAGGUGAGGAGGCCCCACAGUGAGAUGCAGCCACCUUCAAAUCCCCCCACACCACCUCCAGACUCGUCGGUCUCAGACCUGCCCCCAUCAGAGAACCACACAGGUUCGGCUCCGACACUCUGACAGACAGAGUCGACAUGUGACAGAACGGACUCCGAACAGAAAUAUAAACACUUUAGUUUUUGCUCCAGUUUUUCAGGAGUUGGAAUAAAAGACCUGAGACUUUUUCUGUGCACACUAAA